CUUGUACUUGUGCAUAGUGCUGUACAGACAUAACAGAAAAGUGGGUGUUUUUCUUCGUCCCGCUGUAUCACACAGUAUACUACCUCCGUUUCUCUUGCACCACAUUUCUGCGUCCUGUUUGAAGAACAUAGUAUUACCGUCUUCUAAUCUGAAGUUCCGGGAGUCUAAACAUGGAUAGAGUGGUAAAGACCAAGCUUGCCUUCGUUGUUUCGCUCCACGUGAAACAUUCCAAGGAAGGGGUGCGGUCAACUACGAACAGGUUGGCUAUGGAACACUUCGACAAGCUGAACUGCUCACCGGACGACCAUGUCCUGUACGUCGGCUAUGGCGACGAGGCGGUGAUUUUGGCCACCAGAGUUAACUCGGUUGUAGUUAUUGAUGUGGACCCUGCUCUCCUCGAGAUCGGGAAAAGCGACCGCCCAGCUGACAACGUGGAAUACCUGCAGGAUGACCUAGGGGAAGGGAGCCCCCACUUGGCCAAUUGGGGAGAGUCUUUCAGCCAAGUGGUCAGCAUCGGCCGCGUCAUGUUCUACCCGAAUGUCCCUCUCGUCCUGAGAAACAUGGUGGGAUGUCUAAAACCCGGCGGGCAGUUGCUGUGCGUCAUUCCCAAUAACGACUUCAACUUCUUUGGCGGGGCAGCCAAAGUUAUCGAGGAUCAUCCGGAAUGGGGACAGAGGGUUAAGAAGUCGAAUUUGACCCUGUGGAACCACACCGAAGAACAAGCAGAGGAGUUCUUCCAAGGCAUCUGUGACUGGUCUGAACUGUCCUGCAAAAGUCAGCGGGUUUAUCACGGACUGCCAGAGCAAAAGGCCAAACUGAUUUUACUUGAUACUCUGGAUCAAGUGGGUUCAUCUCACCAGGAGGAAUGCCUUAAAGCCCUUUGGCAGUGGGCCCUCAAUGAGUAUGGAUGCACCGAGGAUGGCUGCCUCAAAAAGCCCUCCGAGUAUAUGGUGAUCUACGGAGUCAAGAGAACCUGAGAGAUUCGCUUUGACUUCGAUACCUCCAUGUGCCAUGAGGGGCACAAGUUUACUUUGUAUUGGUGACAAGGCUGUCUUUCUCCUCCGGUUGGUUUUGGUGAAGGCGGAUUUUUAAAAGAUAUUUUAGAGACUUUUUAAUCUAUAUGUCUAUUCGUGUAUAUAUUUAAGGUUGGGAUUAGAAGCGAUUCACAAUGCAAUGCUCAAUUAAUGUCAGAUGAUACCGUGUCACGAAGAGGCCAUUUAUUGGGUGAUUUGGUCACCGAGUUCAAAUCGUUCGAAUUAAUCUUCUUUCUUCAAUUCUCUCUUUUUUCCCCUUGACAAUAAUUCUCCGCAAAUUUUCUUCCAAACUUGAAACUUUGAACAAAUACCAACCCUGAUCUCAAGGUGUCGAUAUUACUUUCACGUCACGAUGACGUCAUCAGGCUUUUAUUCAUUUUUAACUCAUGUACAAAAGUUCGUACUUUGAGUACGUGAAGCCGCUUGACCUGUUUGUAUUGAAAAUACAAACACUCAGGCACGCAAUUUCGAUUUCAGACACGCAAAUUCUUACGACAACAUUUCCAUUUUGAAUUGCCUCUAAUUUUGAAUUGCCUCUAAUUAGUUUAAACACUGUAUACUCAGUGUGUUACCUCCCGAGUGAAAGUUGGAGAAAAAAAACGUCGGU